ACAAGUUAUUGUUAUUAAUAAUAAUAAAAAUAAGUUUAGCUGACCAUUUUAAACACCAACCAUGCCAAAACCUUGAUUCCACCUCUUCAGCUCCUGUGAAACCAGUAUCAAAGAAACGUGUACACCUCCAAAACUGUCACGCUACAAAGAAACAAGUACACCUCCAAAACUGUCAUGCUACAAAGAAACCUGUACACUUCCAAAACUGUCAUGCUACAAAUAAACGUGUAAACCUCCAAAACUCAUGCUGCCAAAAACAUCUGUUGCAAAAUAAAACAAGAAUUAAGAAACAGCGAAACAAUAAACUGUACCUUUGUGUUGUGUUAAUUCACUUCUUGAUUUGGGCUUCGCUGCA